UCCUGUGAAGGUUUGUGAGUAUAACUGUCUUGUUAAACAGCUAGUGGCAUGACUGUUGCAGAGCAAUUCUGUGACCUGCGGUGAAUGUAAGGAGGUGAUCUGAAGGUGAUCUGAUAUUAUCAAAGACCGUGUUUGUUUUGGACUACAUUCCUGGUGCGAAUGGUAAUCCUACCAGGCAGCUCCUGAUGGAAUGCUAACAACAUUAAGGAUUCUUUCAUCAGCAUUGGCAAGAGCUUCACAUAAUAUUACUUUUUGAGGUGAGCGCUCUUUCAUAAUGAGAGACAGAUUGACAGAAUUGCAGCAGAAAACUCAAGAGUUUUCUGCGGUUACAACUGAGAACACCAAUCCUUUCUCAGCGGAUGAUGGUGAUGAUGACUCUGUGGUGCUUGGGGUCAUAAAGCCACAAGCUGUGGUGUUUGAGGAGGAGCCAGUCAUUCAGGAUUUUCUGUCAGAGGUUGAGCAUAUACGAGAUGACCUUGCAGUGCUGGAAUCAGAGGUCCUUAAGUUCACUCAACAGCAAAAGACCUUGGUGGCAACCAUGCGCCGUUUCAGUGUGAUGAAGAAAGAGAGCAGCAUAACACGAGACAUAAAGCUCCAGGCUGAAAGCCUCCACCGCCGUUUAGACAACCUUUCAAAACAGGUCCAAAGAACUAAGGAGCAAGGACCCACAGCUGUUUUAACAAGAAUACAAGGCUUGCAACAUGCAGCACUGCACCGCCGAUUCCAGCAGGUAAUGCGUGAGUAUAAUGAAGGCCUGCUGACCAAGCAAGAGCGCUGUAAGCACUUCAUUAUCCGGCAGCUGGAGGUAUCAGGAAAAAAUGUGACAGAGGAGGAGGUGGAUGAGAUGGUUGCCACAGGAAAAUGGGAGGUCUUCAAUGAGAACCUGCUGAAUGAUCCGAAUCACACAGACACAAUAUCUGAGAUUGACAGCGACACAAGGUGAGGGGAGCACAAACAAUUGUUGAGCCUGGAGAACAAUAUGAAGGAACUGCGGGAUCUCUUCGUGGACAUUUUCAUGGUGGUGGAGGAACAGGGGGCCUUUAUUGAACACAUCCAGACCAAUGUAGAGAGGACACAGGAUUAUGUGGCUGCAACUAAUGAGAAGUUCAAGACAGCUGCCAGGUAUAAGAAGAAGAACCCAAUUCGUCAGCUUUGCUGUUGCUGUUGCCCUCCUUGGAGAUGCUGCUUGUAAUAUAUAAAAGAAUUUGAAUUACUAUUUAUUGUAAAUAUGAUUUUUUUUUUCAUCUUACCUAUUGGAAGUAAGCAACACUGAAUUUCAGUACCAUUAAAGUGACGGCAAAGGUACUGCGCUCUUGGCUGUUGAACAGAGCAACAGUGAAGACAGAUUCAACAGAGCAUAGAAACCAAUUAGGGGGAAUGGGCCAGAAUUGGUAUGGGAGGCACCUAUUUCAUUCAAGAGGAUGUGAAGCGACUGCUAUUAGAAGAGACAGUUCAGCGAGUACUUCUCACCAACACUGUUGCUUAUUGGAGACCUUCACUGUCAUCUGACAGAGGUCACAAACAAGGGGAAGCCACUGACACUGCUAGGGUCAGCAAGAGCAAUAUUUCACCAUUUUUCUAAAAGACCUUCUCGUCCUGCCACAGGAACGCUGGUUAAUGAGGGCUUGUUUUUUUUUAAUACAGUAUGCACACUUUAAAAUGUAUUUUAUUUUCUUUUGAGUACAAACUAAAACGUACUUUAAGAGUGGUAUUGAGCCAUUAGCUAUUCACUUCAUUUUUGGUCCACAUGCUGAUGGAAAAAAAAUAAGUUGUUUUACAAUUAGUCAUUAGUCUCAUUUGCAUUACAAAGUAAGAUCAUUUUCAGUGAAAAAAAAAAUUUAAUUAAUUUAUGCAGUUUCACAUAGGCAGAUAUUUAAAAAAAAUUUGAAUAAUAAUGAGGUUUAAUCAAAAAUAUUUCUGUCAUAAUGACAAAACUGCAGGAACUCAUUGAAGCCAUUUGUCUAAAAUAAGACAGAAAAUUACAUUGCAGGAAAUUCAUUAAAUUCUUUAUAUGUUUUGCA